UAUCCGAAUAAGUAAGAGGAGCAGAAGAAUGAGGGGUAUCCUGGUAUUGGUAUCAUCGGUGUUAUGCUGCUUGGCCCUGAAGAGGACCCAUGGGUUUGUGGUUCCUCUGUCCAGGCAUCGUAGUUUGUCGCAAUCCCACCAAGUGUCGGUACGGCUACAUUCCAAGAGCACGCAAGAAGGCGAGCAAGAACCACUCCAGGAAACCGUCAUGGUAGAACCUGGAGGCGAAAAUGAUGUUUUUACCAAAGAACAGUGGGAUGAAAUUGAAGAAGCGCAGCCUUCGCAAUUGAGUGUCAUGAAGGAGCUCUUGGGAAUCAACGUCUUUACAUAUAUUCUCGCCUUUUUAAUUGUGGCGUUUGGCGGCAUGAACCUAAUUCUGGGACCUGGAUGGCUCGGAGGCACACUCGGAAUUGAAGGAACUGGCAACAUUGAACAAGUCUCGCCUUCUCUGCCUCAAACUAUGGAUCUGGGAAAAGACGAGUAUCUAUUGUAGCAUGUUACUGUAUUGGAGCGAUUUUUUAAAAUGUCAUUGAGACCAACCAAUGACAAAACAACAACAAACAAUAAAACAGGUCAAUCUGGAAAAAAUCACGGCACCUGCUUGUUCCAAAGUAACAAGAGGAAAUCGUAAUGACAAUUCGCAUGAGCUCAUUAAAAAACCAGUGCCUGGCCUUCAGUGUCUCCAUCCGCAAGCCAACUAAGGGAAAAGAAGUCAGGCAACUCUUUGGGUACGGUAGGCCUCAGAGCGGCUCAUUAUUCUUGGGAACACAACUUUUGCAAACAGACAGAAAACAAGAUCUAUUACGUAUGGUGAUGCAAAAGUGAUCUUGGUUUCCUAAAACAAAUCAAUUACUGGUUUGAUAAUUAGUAUCAAGGCUCCCCCGU